AUGGCUUCGUUCCUCAUCACUGGCGCCUCCCGAGGCUUUGGCCUGGCACUCACCCGCGAGCUGGUCUCCCGCCCAGCCUCCGAGGUGGGCACCAUCAUCGCCUCGGCCCGCGGAGACUCCCCCGAUUUGAACGAGGUCGCCAAGGGCUCCUCCGGCCGCGUCGUUGUGGUCAAGCUCGACGUCACCGACGAUGCCUCCGUCAAGAAGGCCGCUGCCGAGGUCGAGGAAAAGCUUGGCGGUAAGGGUCUCGACGUCCUGAUCAACAACGCAGGCGUCUGCCAGUACGCGACCGACGGUACCAAGUCUAUGGAAAACCUCCAGGAGAGCCUCGACAUCAAUGUUUUCGGCGUCCACAGGGUCACAAAGGCCUUUCUUCCUCUGCUACAGCAGGGCAAGCUCAAGAAAGUAGCCAACAUCUCGACCACCUUCGGUUCUCUGGCCAUCAUGCCCUACGUCCACUUCAUGCCCGCCCCAUCCUACAAGAUCUCCAAGGCCGCCAUGAACGCCCUCACGGUCCAGUACGCCCUCGACCAUGCCAAGGAGGGCUUCUCCUUCAUGGCUCUCUGCCCCGGCUGGUUGAAGACCGACCUCGGCGGAGGCGACAUGGCAGACCUGACCCCCGAGCAGGGAGCCAAGGCUUCGCUGGACAUCAUCUACAAGCCUAACGAGCAGACCAACGGCAAGAUGCCAAAGGUGUUUGUCAAGGGCUGGGAGGACGCGAAGGGCCCCAACGUCUACGAUGGCACCGAUGUCCCCUGGUAA